AUGGGGUAUUUUUUCUCAUCUCAGGGCAGAAGUUCUUUCAGUGAUUUUGAGAGAGAAACGCCUACUGUAUGUAAGAAAAUAUAUGAUGCAUUCAUCAGCCAGAGAGGCCCUGAUGUGAAAGCAACGCCUUUUGAGCUUUGCUGCCUUGAGAAGGGAUGUUAUGCAGAUGCAUUUGCUAAACAUCAACUAAAUGAGAAGCGAUUCGGCAAGGACAAGAUUGACCAAUGGAAAGAAGCCCUCCAGUCUUCUGCAGAUAAAUCUGGCUACGAAUUCAGCACAUCUAAUGGAAUUGGCAGUGAUGUCGAGAGGCUCUGUACAAAGAUUGCCUUGGCUGUCCAACAGGAGAUUGGAAAGCCAUUUAAGGGAGUUGGAAAACAUCAGAAAGGUCUCAAUGCAGACGAGGCAGCAUCGACAAGUACAUCAGCAAUGUUGAAGAAAUCAAGUCUUCUGCCCAGAGAUUCACGUCCAGUGGGGAUACAUUCCAAAGUUGAACACAUGGUAGGCUUGUUGGAAGAUGCAGAAGUUCAAGUCAUAGCCGCCGUUGGUAUGGGCGGCUCGGGGAAGACAUUUCUUCUCCAAAAUCAUGAUAUAGCCUCCAAACUAGGUUUAGAACAUAAAAUUGUGGACGCUAAAGUAACUGAUGAGAGAGCGGCUGAAUUGAUUCAAAAUCAUCUCGAAGGGAAAAGAUAUCUCAUUGUGCUAGAUGAUCUGUGGACGCUGUCUACUGAAAAUUCUACCAUUGAUAAACUUGGUCUACCGGCCCAUAAAAAUUGUAAAAUUGUGGUCACUACAAGAAAUAGGCAGGUUGCUUUAAACUCAAAUGCUCGAAUCUAUGAGAUGCAAAAUUUGUCAGAUGAAGAAAGUUGGAGGCUGUUUUGUAUCUACGCAUUUCCGGAUAAAGUGGGAAAUAGAGAGCCACAACACAUGGAAGAGGAGGGUCAGAAGAUUGUAGACCAAUUUGGGAAUUUACCUCUUGCUAUCAAAACGAUAGCAGCAUCUUUGGCCAGAACUACACUAAAAAAUUGGGGGUUGAAGUGCAGUCAGCUGGAAAGAGUAGUUAAUCCCAUUGGAGAGCAUGACCCUUUCAUGGAGAUAAUGAAACUGAGUUAUGACUCUUUGCCUGCACACCUUAAAUCGUGUUUUGCAUAUCUAUCCUUCUUUCCUGAGGAUGAGGAGAUAAAAGCAGAGUAUUUGAUGAAUCUGUGGAUAGCGGAAGGAUUCAUCCCGGCAGGAGAGGAGCAGUGGGAAAUGGCCUGGCAUUGGUUAGAUCAACUUGCACAGCUGUGUAUGCUUCAAGUAUAUGAGGCAGAUUAUAGUGUUCUAACCAAACGCUGUAAAAUUCAUGAUUUGUUGCACGAUUUGGCAAUACACAUAUCAAGAGAAGAUAAAUGUGGUUUUUCUGUUGAAGAAGUGUCUUCACAUACAAGUAAUUCCAUGGGCUGGUGUCGGAUUCUACUGGCUAAGAAAGGUCUGAAUAUUUUCAAUGCCAUCUCAGAGAGCCGUCCUGUUUAUCUCUGUACACUCUCGCUAUAUCAUAAUUACAGGAUUACAAGUAUUCCAGAAAACCUGUUUACCACAAUGAGAGGACUGUGCGUUUUGGAUUUGAGCUACACAGAGAUCUCUACUUUGCCUGCUUCUCUUGGAAAGAUGAUUGUUCUCAGAUUAUUGAAUUUGACGAAUACACAGAUAAAGAGGAGGCCAAGAAUAACAAAUUUGAGAACACUAGACUCAUAUAUGUACGCAUGCGCCAGAGAAGAGGCCAAAUUCAAGAGUUUAGAUAAUUUGGUCAAUAUGACUCAGCUUCAGGAACUAAGCUUAACUGUUUACAAUGACAUGGAGUUGAAGAUGAUAGAAGAAGGGAUCCUUGCCCAGCUGGUGAAGAUGCGUUAUCUAGAAAUCUGGAACGCUACAAUGGAGCUUAGGGAGCUUCCUGGGAAAAUGAGAGCAAUGAAACAUCUGGAAAGUCUUCAACUAUGGUUGUUUGUAGUACCAAGUUGGAUAUGCGAGUUUGCAAAUCUGAAGCAAUUAAAAUUAGUCGGAUCUGUGUAUGCUCCAAGUAUAUGGGGCAGAUUAUGUUAUUUAAUCAAACACUGUAAAAUUCAUGAUUUGUUGCACGAUUUGGCAAUACACAUAUCAAGAGAAGAUAAAUGUGUUUUUUCUGUUGAAGAAGUGUAUUCACAUACAAGUAAUUCCAUGGGCUGGUGUCGGAUUCUACUGGCCAAGAAAGGUCUGCAUAUUUUCAAUGCCAUCUCAGAGAGUCGUCCUGUUUAUCUCCGUACACUCUCGCUGUAUCAUAAUUACAGUAUUACAAGUAUUCCAGAAAACCUGUUUACCACUAUGAGAGGACUGGGCGUUUUGGAUUUGAGCUACACAGAGAUCUCUACUUUGCCUGCUUCUCUUGGAAAGAUGAUUGUUCUCAGAUUAUUGAAUUUGACGAAUACACAGAUAAAGGAGGUGCCGGAGUGUGUGAGACACCUAAAACGCCUCUUGUUUCUUGCUUUACCUAUUGAUUGUAAGUCAUUACCAGCAUGGAUAAGUGAUCUUAGAUGUCUUCAGCAUUUAAAAGCCAAUUGCAUUGAUAGGAUGCCAAGAAUAACAAAUUUGAGAACACUAGACUCAUAUAUGUACGCAUGCGCCAGAGAAGAGGACAAAUUCACGAGGUUAGAUAAUUUGGUCAAUAUGACUCAGCUUCAGGAACUAAGCUUAACUGUUUACAAUGACAUGGAGUUGAAGAGGAGAGAAGAAGGGAUCCUUGCCCAGCUGGUGAAGAUGCGUUAUCUAGCAAUCUGGAACACUACAAUGGAGUUUAGGGAGCUUCCAGGGAAAAUGAGAGCAAUGAAACAUCUGGAUAGUCUUCAACUAUUGUCGUUUCUUCGAAUUCUGUCUAUUUUUAGUUUCUCUUCAUUAGAACAAUUCCCCGAAUUAGAGGAGGGAGCGAUGGCAUGCCUUCAAAAAUUCUAUUUAUUUGACUGUCCAAAAGUGAAGCAAGUGGAAGGAUUAGAGCAGAUGAAAAGACUAGAGUUGUUCGAAUGUUGUGGGAGGAAUGAAUGGUUGGAGACUUUAAAGGAAGGUGGCGAAUAUUGGAAAAAAAAUCAAAUCCAUAAAUCCACGCGUAACUAUUACAAGAUAUACUUAUUAAAAUCUUUUUUAUUUAAAUUAUAUUAA